UAUCAAACCGCUGUGCAAGCUGGAAGCUUAAAACGCGCUAAGAACAGUACUUAAUUUUUGAAAAAUUCUUGUAUUUGCGGGAAUGAAAUUCAUAUUAUUGUGCGUGCUUGGUUUUGUCAUAGGCACUAAAGGAGCCGGCUUCAUUACAGAUCAAUGUAUAACACCAGAUGAUGAAGACGGAGAAUGUGUAUAUAUAAAGUCUUGCAAAUCUUUAAUGGACAUCCUGGGGAAACCUGUCGUGACAGACUUGGACAGAUAUAUAAUAAGAGCUCAUGGUCAUGCAUGUCAGCACAAGGAGAAAUAUGCUGCUGUGUGUUGUCCCAUCUCCAAAAUUAUGCCACCAGAGACUGCAACAACGAAGAUUUACGAACCGGCAGUCGAGGAUUUCAGCUUACCACAGCCGCCUUACUGUGGUACAGUGUCCACAGCUCAAGCAGAGUUCGACUCUGGUUCAAUUACCUAUGAAGAGGAAUACCCCUGGACAGCAAUGCUGCUAUACAAAAAUAAAAGGAACGAAAAAUCGCAUAUUUAUUGUGGUGGCACGCUUAUACACGAGCGUUUUGUGCUCACAGCAGCACAUUGCCUGCAUGAGCAAGAGCCGGAAUGGAAUUUGACUGGCGUGCGUUUGCGUGUUUGGGCUACAACAGCGAUGGAGUAUUGUCAAAAUCAAGAGACGAGCGAUCAACUAGAUUGUGAGUCAAAACAUAUCGACAUGGUUGUGAGCAAAAUAAUCAAACAUCCCGAACAUGAGUCAUUGUAUAAUGAUCUCGCUUUGCUGCAAUUGAAUGCGGCGGUACGUGCAACGCGUUACAUAGCACCGAUUUGUUUGCCCUUGGAGACCAGACAGUUCUCGGCAAGCUUUGACAACACGGCAAUGCAAAUAUCCGGUUGGGGCGCGCAUAUAUUCGGUGAAAUUGCCGAAGUCAAAAUGAAAUCCAUUACAUAUAUAUCGAAUAUGGAGAAAUGCAAGAAGCUCUAUUCGAACGGCGUUGCUGAAAAUUUGACAGCGCAACAUGUUUGUGUGAAGGGAAAGGGCACCGAUGAUGGCAAAGUUUUAGAUUCUGGCGGCGCGCUUAUGGCAGUAGUGAAUGUUGGAAGAAUGCAGUCGUAUUUUUUGGUGGGCGUAGAAGCUAUCAGUUAUGAAGUACCGCCGGAAAAGGGAUACCCAUUUAUCUUUACGCGCGUUAGUCCCUAUUUGGAUUGGAUAAAAAGUGAAAUCAUUGAAAAGGAUAGAGAUCUUUUACCGACAACAGAAGAAUGUGGUAAAUACGAUGCUAUAACAAAUCGUAUUAUUGGUGGUGCUCAAACUGGUAUUGAAGAAUAUCCCUGGACUGCAUUGCUUUUAUGCGCAAAUGAAAAAGGAGACAUUGCAAUAAAUUGUGGUGGUUCUCUUAUUAAUAAAUACUAUGUUAUUACCGCCGCACAUUGCACAAAAGAAAAUGAAUAUGAACUUUUUAAAGUUCGUUUGGGUGAUUGGCAUAUAACAGAAGAUAAAGAUUGUGAUGGUCACCUUUGUGGGCCACCUGAACGGACUAUAGAGAUAUCUAUAAAUAACAUACUAAGACAUCCAAGAUAUAAUCCAAGAAACUUAGAUUAUGACGUAGCAUUAUUACGUUUGAAAGAUCGUGUCGAAUACACUAGAUUUAUUAAACCCAUUUGUCUGCCAAUGGAUGUGAGUCUACGUGGGAAACGAUACGAUGGAAAUAGUGCCACUAUAGUCGGUUGGGGUCUUACAGAAAUGAAUCAAUUAAGUGAUAUUAAGUUAAAGGCUACUGUGCAGAUUAUAUACGGAAACAAUGGCAAAAAGUUUAGAGUACGCGAUAGUAAAAUAUAUGCCACUGGUAACGGCAAUGAUUCCUGUCGUGGCGAUUCAGGCGGACCACUUAUGAUCAAGGAAGAGGUAAAUGAAAAUAAAAAUUGGUAUCUAAUCGGCAUAAUUUCAUACGGAAACUUAAAUAAUACAUGUGGAACUGAGGAGUCUAUUGGUAUUUACGCGCGCGUCAGUUCCUUUUUGGAUUGGAUAAACGAUACCAUAAGAACUUAAUCAAUAUUAUUUAUAAUUCGAAUAAAACUAUAGUAACCAAAUAUUAAUACUUACGGGUUAAUUUUGAAAAUAAUUGUAAUUUUCGCCAAUAUAAUUUAUUAUAACAGUAUACAUAUGUAUAACGCGUGUUUUUGAGAUAUAUAAAACUAUAGUUUUCAAUAAAGUGCAAUCAUUUGAAAGAAA